AAGAAAAGCAAGCGAGUCUCGAAUUAACCAGAAAAUGAAGCACAUAGCAAGCUCCAUUGAAAUCUCAGAGAUGGAAGCUGAGAGGAACGAAAAGGAGGAAAUGCAGAACAAGGAAACAGUGGAAAGACUCUACAAGGUCCUGUUAGGACAAGGGAAAAUGGACACAGUGGCAAACAUGCUAGCAAGUGACCUUGAGUGGUGGUUCCAUGGCCCCCCACAGUGCCAACACAUGAUGAGGAUCCUCACGGGGGAAACCGCCCUCAACAAUGGCUUCCGCUUCGAGCCCAGAAGCCUCACCGCCAUCGGCGACUGCGUCAUCGCCGAAGGCUGGGAAGGAAAGGCCUACUGGGUUCACGUUUGGACCCUCAAGAACGGCCUCAUCACACAGUUCAGAGAGUACUUUAACACAUGGCUUGUCGUCAGAGACUUGAGGUCUCAAACAUGGCAGAAUAAGCUUCAAAACAUCACAUUGUGGCAAAGCCAACCCCGUGAUCUCUAUCGCCGAUCCUUGCCGGGACUUGUCUUAGCCAUUUAGCUAUAACAGAAACAAAAGCUACCAACAUAUACUUCUAUAGCAGAGAAAAUUUACUGUAUAAACUUAAUCUUCACGUGUGCAUAAUUCAGAUCAAUCUCUACGUGACUUUGUUGAUAUUGAUCAGAACUAUGGAGAUGUGAUGGUGACAGACUAUACAAUGAAUUUUCCGUAAGGUGAAAUUUAUGUGAGGUUUGUUAGUUUUAUUUAAUUAGUUUACUGAAACCUUCAUGAAUUUGAUCAAUAAUGGAAAGUGUGUUGAAAAGGGUAUGUUGCUGGUACUGUGGUAUAGCUCUAAGUGUUGGUCAAAAGUUCAGGAAUGUGAAGUUGUGAGCUAGCUUGGGGUUAUAAUCUUUGUAGGGUUGUGAACUUGUGGUCAACUCGACCACAUUGAGUUUUCGUACAUAUUUGUACUGAUUAAUUGUUCAAUAAAAUGACAGUGAAGUUGAAACUGUAA